AUGCGAGAAAGUUUAAGCCCUUCCUUGAGCCCGUUCCAAGAUCUCGAAGGCCAGAGAAGCUCCACUGUCGAGCUAAGACUGUCAAAAUACGACUCUUCAGAUGAAUCACUUUUUGGGAAACGGCGAACGACCAUUUCAUUCGGUCAGAAUCAGUUGAAAGAAUAUGUGCCAGAAGUUGAGUACUUCUGCUGCUGCUUCAAGGAUGAAGAAACCGCGAAAAACUUUCAAUUCAUGCUAGUUGUCAUUAUCUUCCUCAUCGUCAUUGUAGGAAUAGCUGUCUACACAAAUUUAUCGUCAGAAUAA